AUGGGUAAUGCAGAAAUAUCAAAAGCACUGACAUCUGUACCGAGUACUAUGGAGAGCUUUGACAACAUCUACCUAGACCUCUCGAAACAGCCGGGAAAAUGCAAGCUGGCUGAGAGUGGUUUGGGCUGGCGUCCAUCUGGUGGCGGCGACACCUUUACCCUGGACAGCAGCAACAUCGGCGCAGCCCAGUGGAGUCGUGCUGCGAAAGGGUUUGAGCUGAAGAUCCUGUCGCGUUCAUCUGGAGUGAUCCAACUGGAUGGAUUCGACCAAGAAGACUUUGAGCGAUUGAGCAAGGCAUUCAAGAUCUGGUACGGCAUCAACGUGGAGACCCGCGAGCAUGCCCUACGAGGAUGGAAUUGGGGCAAGGCAGAAUUUACAAAGGCAGAGCUGGCUUUUAACGUCCAAAACCGACCCGCCUUCGAGGUCCCAUAUUCAGAAAUCUCAAACACCAACCUGGCGGGAAGAAAUGAGGUCGCCGUCGAGUUCGCACUCCCCACCGGCGAUGGAAACGAUGCGGCUGUAAAGCCUGGAAGCACAAGGAGCCGGGGUCGCAAGGCCGCCGCAGGCCCGGACGAGCUCGUCGAAAUGCGAUUCUACAUUCCCGGAACGGCGAUGAAAAAGGAGAAGUCAGAGGGCGCUGAGGGUGAGGAAGAAGACAAAAACGAUGAAGAUGCGGAGGAGCAGAAUGCAGCCAACCUGUUUUACGAGACUCUAAUGGACAAGGCCGAGAUCGGAGACGUUGCUGGUGACACUUUUGCUACUUUCCUGGAUGUUCUUCAUCUCACGCCCAGAGGUCGCUUCGAUAUCGACAUGUACGAAUCAUCCUUCCGGUUGCGCGGAAAGACAUACGACUACAAGAUCCAAUAUUCGGCCAUCAAGAAGUUCUUCUUACUCCCCAAGAAUGACGAUACCCACACACUUAUUGUGCUUGGCCUCGAUCCUCCCCUGCGACAGGGCCAGACCCGUUAUCCUUUCCUGGUCAUGCAGUUGAAGCUGGACGAGGAGAUCAGUCUUGAGAUGAAUAUGACAGAGGACAUCUUGCAAAGCCAAUACAAGGACAAAUUGCAGCCGCACUACGAAGAGCCAAUUCACCAAGUAGUGACCAAGGUCUUCCGUGGCUUGUCUGGAAAGAAGGUUAUCAUGCCUUCUAAGGACUUCCUCAGCCACCACGGCCACCAUGGCGUCAAGUGCUCAAUCAAGGCUAACGAAGGUCUUCUAUACUUCCUGGAUAAGAGUCUCAUGUUCGUCCCCAAGCCCGCGACCUACAUCCAAAUGGAGAACAUCGCGAUUGUCACGAUGUCGCGUGUCGGAGGCGCUGUUUCCGCCAGUCGAACCUUUGAUAUCGCCGUUAGCCUAAAGGGUGGCUUGGGCGAACACCAAUUCAGCAACAUCAACCGCGAGGAGCAAAAAUCCCUCGAGGACUUCUUCAAGGCUAAGAAUAUUCGCAUCAAAAACGAGAUGGCUGAAGAGGCUGCUGGCCUUAUUGCUGCCGCUCUUGACAACGAUGCCAUGGGUUCCAGCGAUGACGAAGUACGCGCCGACCGUGGAUCAGCUGAUGAAGAUGAGGAAUCCGUCGACGAAGACUUUGCUGGCUCUUCAGAAUCCGAUGUGGCGGAGGAAUUCGACUCGGACCACGAGAGCAGUGGUGAUAGUGAUGAGGAGAUGGGCGAUGCAUCUGAUGGCGAAGGGGACAACCAGGACGAUGAGCGGCCGAAGAAGAAGAGCAAAACGGCGCCAUAG